AUGAAUAUCUAUCUGCAGCCUGACUGCUUAUCAAUUAGUCUUAUCAAAGCCUUAAAUACUUAUUUCUUUCUUUUUUUUUUUUCCUUUGACUUCUUAAGAUCAACAUUGCACUUAUUAUUCCAACUCUUCUCUUUUCAUUUGCUUUCCCCCUUUUGUAUCUCUCCUCUUCUGCUUUCCUCCUUUCCCGUCCCUCUCUCUCUCUUUUGCUUUCCCCUGUCCCUCUCUCUCUCUUUUUGCUUUCCAUCCCUCUCUCUCUCUUUUUGCUUUCCCGUCCUCUCUCUCUCUUUGCUUUCCGUCCCUCUCUCUCUUUUUGCUUUCCGUCCCUCUCUCUCUCUCUUUUUGCUUUCCCGUCCCUCUCUCUCUCUCUUUUGCUUUCCGUCCCUCUCUCUCUCUUUUUUGCUCCGUCCUCUCUCUCUCUCUUUUUGCUUUCCCGUCCCUCUCUCUCUCUCUCUUUUGCUUUCCCGUCCCUCUCUCUCUCUCUCUUUUGCUUUCCCGUCCCUCUCUCUCUCUCUUUUGCUUUCCCGUCCCUCUCUCUCUCUCUCUUUUGCUUUCCCGUCCCUCUCUCUCUCUCUUUUGCUUUCCGUCCCUCUCUCUCUUUCUCUUUUGCUUUCCCGUCCCUCUCUCUCUUUCUCUUUUGCUUUCCCCGUCCUCUCUCUCUUUCUUUUUGCUUUCCGUCCUCUCUCUCUUUCUCUUUUUGCUUUCCGUCCUCUCUCUCUUUCUCUUUUGCUUUCCCGUCACUAUCUCUCCCUCCUCUCUCUCCCCUCUCUCUCUCCCCUCUCUCUCCCCUACCUCUCUCCCCCCUCUCUCUCCCCCCCUACUCUCUCUCCCCCCUACCUCUCUCUCCCCACCACCUCUCUCUCCCCCUCUCUCUCUCUCUCUUGCUUUCCCGUCCCUCUCUUUUCUUUCUCUUUUGCUUUCCGUCCCUCUCUCUCUUUCUCUUUUGCUUUCCCGUCCUCUCUCUCUCUCUUUUUGCUUUCCGUCCCUCUCUCUCUCUUUUUUGCUUUCCGUCCCUCUCUCUCUUUCUCUCUUUGCCGUCCCGUCUCUCUCUCUCUCUUGCUUUCCGUCGUUCUCUCUCUCUCUCUUUUGCUUUCGUUUCUCUCUCUCUCUCUCCCUCUCUCCUCCCCCUAUCUCUCUCUCCCCCUAUCUCUCUCUCCCCCUAUCUCUCUCUCUUUUGCUUUCCCGUCCCUCUCCUCUUUUGCUCUCUUUUUCCUUCUUUAUUUUAAUCUCCCCACUUUUUUUUCAAUUUGUCCACAUUUCUUCACCCUCUCUCUCUUUUACUUUUAA